GUGACCACUCACUAUGGCUGCCUUGUGUUGGGUCCAGCUACCUGGUGUUCUGGUGUGAUUUGUUAGUUCUUUGUGACAGGGAAUACCCUCACGAUUUCGACAUGCAAAAAAUCAAAUCUCUUAUGACCCGACAGGGUCUGAAAAGCCCUCCAGAGAGCCUCAGUGAUCUGGGUGUCAUUGAGAAUCUCCGAGUCCCUGGAAAGGAGGAAUUUCGAGAGCUUCGAGAACAGCCUAGUGACCCUCAAGCUGAACAAGAACUAAUUAAUAGCAUUGAACAAGUAUAUUUCUCUACAGAUUCAUUUGAUAUUGUUAAAUAUGAGCUGGAGAAGCUCCCUCCUGUUCUCAAUUUGCAAGAAUUAGAAGAGUACAGAGACAAAUUGAAACAACAGCAAGCUGCAGUGUCUAAAAAAGUAGCAGAUUUAAUCCUUGAAAAACAGCCUGCUUAUGUAAAGGAACUUGAGAGAGUUACCUCAUUACAGACAGGUCUCCAGUUAGCUGCUGUUAUCUGCACAAAUGGAAGGAGACACUUAAAUAUUGCAAAAGAAGGUUUCACUCAAGCUAGUUUAGGCCUUCUUGCAAAUCAAAGGAAACGUCAGUUGCUGAUUGGACUUCUGAAAUCUCUGAGAACUAUAAAAACAUUGCAAAGAACAGAUGUGCGCUUAAGUGAAAUGCUAGAGGAAGAAGACUAUCCAGGAGCUAUUCAAUUGUGCCUGGAAUGUCAGAAAGCUGCCAGCACUUUUAAACAUUACAGUUGUAUAAGUGAACUGAAUUCAAAGCUGCAAGAUACUUUAGAACAAAUUGAGGAACAAUUGGAUGUAGCGCUUUCCAAAAUCUGCAAGAAUUUUGACAUUAACCAUUAUACUAAGGUUCAGCAAGCUUAUCGACUUCUUGGAAAAACACAGACAGCAAUGGAUCAACUUCAUAUGCAUUUCACCCAAGCCAUUCACAAUACUGUGUUUCAAGUUGUUCUUGGUUAUGUGGAGCUAUGUGCAGGAAAUACAGACACAAAAUUCCAAAAGCUGCAGUAUAAGGACCUCUGUACACAUGUUACACCAGACAGCUAUAUUCCUUGCCUUGCUGAUUUGUGCAAAGCACUGUGGGAAGUAAUGCUCAGCUAUUACAGGACUAUGGAAUGGCAUGAAAAGCAUGACAAUGAGGAUACAACUUCUGCUUCUGAAGGGAGUAAUAUAACUGAAGAAACUAAUUUUGACCGUGGUUACAUAAAGAAGAAAUUAGAACAUGGACUUACACGAAUAUGGCAGGAUGUUCAGCUAAAAGUAAAAACUUACUUGCUUGGAACUGAUUUGUCUAUAUUCAAAUAUGAUGAUUUCAUCUUUGUUCUGGAUAUAAUCAGCAGGUUGAUGCAGGUUGGAGAAGAAUUUUGUGGUAGUAAAUCUGAAGUUUUGCAAGAGUCUAUUAGAAAACAGAGUGUCAAUUACUUUAAGAACUAUCAUAGGACACGGCUUGAUGAGCUGAGAAUGUUUUUAGAGAAUGAGACCUGGGAACUUUGUCCUGUUAAGUCAAAUUUUAGCAUCUUGCAACUUCAUGAAUUUAAAUUUAUGGAGCAGACUCGUUCCCCAUCAGUUUCACCUAGUAAGCAGUCAGUCUCAACUUCCUCAAAAACUGUGACCUUGUUUGAGCAAUACUGCAAUGGUGGGAAUCCAUUUGAAAUUCAGGCCAACCAAAAAGAUGAAGAAACAGAAGAUGUUCUGGCUUCUAAUGGGUAUGAAUCUGAUGAACAAGAAAAAAGUGCCUAUCAGGAGUAUGACAGUGACAGUGACGUUCCAGAGGAACUAAAACGAGAUUAUGUGGAUGAACAGACAGGUGAUGCUCCUGUGAAGAGCGUUUCUCGAGAAACUUUAAAAAGCAGGAAGAAAUCAGAUUACAGUCUAAAUAAAGUGAAUGCACCCAUCUUAACAAAUACAACAUUGAAUGUAGUAAGACUUGUUGGUAAAUACAUGCAGAUGAUGAACAUUCUUAAGCCAAUUGCCUUUGAUGUCAUCCAUUUCAUGUCUCAACUAUUUGAUUAUUACUUGUAUGCAAUAUAUACCUUCUUUGGUAGGAAUGAUUCAUUGGAAUCAACAGGAUUAGGCCUUAGUAGUAGUAGACUAAGAACAACUCUAAACAGAAUACAAGAAAGCCUUAUUGAUAUGGAAGUUUCAGCUGAUCCUACUGCCACACUCACAGCAGCAGAAGAUAGAAAGGAGAAAGUACCAAGUCCACACCUCAGUCACUUAGUGAUUUUGACAUCUGGGGAUACGUUGUAUGGGCUGGCGGAAAGAGUAGUGGCCACAGAGUCCUUGGUAUUCUUAGCAGAACAAUUUGAGUUUCUGCAGCCACAUCUGGAUGCCGUGAUGCCUGCAGUCAAAAAGCCCUUUCUUCAGCAGUUUUAUUCUCAGACAGUCUCAACUGCCAGUGAACUCCGCAAACCAAUUUACUGGAUUGUAGCUGGAAAAGCCAUUGAUUAUGAACAAAUGCUGCUCCUAAUGGCUAAUGUGAAAUGGGAUGUAAAGGAAAUUAUGUCACAACACAACAUAUAUGUAGAUGCAUUGUUAAAGGAAUUUGAACAGUUUAACAGAAGGUUAAAUGAGGUUUCUAAGAGAGUUCGGAUACCCUUGCCUGUCUCUAAUAUACUCUGGGAACAUUGUAUACGACUGGCUAAUAGGACAAUUGUCGAAGGAUAUGCCAAUGUCAAGAAGUGCAGUAAUGAAGGUCGUGCCUUGAUGCAAUUGGAUUUUCAACAGUUUUUAAUGAAACUUGAAAAACUCACAGAUAUUAGACCCAUUCCUGAUAAAGAAUUUGUGGAAACCUAUAUUAAAGCAUACUAUCUAACUGAGAAUGACAUGGAGCGCUGGAUCAAAGAGCACAGGGAAUAUUCAACGAAGCAGCUGACCAACCUGGUGAAUGUUUGCCUGGGAUCCCAUAUCAAUAAGAAAGCAAGACAAAAACUUCUAGCAGCCAUAGAUGAUAUAGACAGGCCUAAAAGAUAAUGAGCACACUCUCUUUCUUCAAUGUCGUUGAUCUUCUAUCGACAUGUAUGACACAAUAGCCAAUUUUUCAUGACAAAACUAAGAAAAGUUUGCGCAUGUUCUUUAUUAUUGGAAAGUGGAAAACAGUGAAGUUUCUGUGGUGUUCUCAGAUGACUUUUAUAUGCUCUGAUCUCUUCAGUUACUAGUUUCAUUUGUUGUAAUCCUUUCCUGAAAUGGUAUUAUUGCUUCAUCAUAACUAUUAUGUGAAUAUGAUUACACGGUUUAUAGAAGAAUGUACCAUAAGUAUAUAUUUAGAAGAAACAGUGACUAUGUAUACACAGGCAGUGUUUGGAGAAUGACUUUAUGUUAGCAUUUUCUACCCUCUGAAAUUGGUUCUUAAUAAGCAAAAUAAGGGAGGGUUAAUGUACAGUAUCUCCUAAUUAUGAGCACUGCAUGAGAAGUGAAAUGUACAUGUACACUAAAUAAUUGAAAAAUCACUAUGUUCUCUGUGUUUUUAAACGUUGAAGCUUACGUCAGGGUUAAUUUGGUUAUGACAAAGUGAUCAUAAAUGAUGAAUUUAAUAAAUAAUAUACUCUAAUAUGAUCAGC